AUGAGCGAAGAAGGAAAAUCAUCCAUCGAGGAAGCAUUUGCAUGGGCCGUCAAGAAUGGUGAUCUUUCAAAUGUUAAAACUGCAGUUGAAGCUGAUCCAAAGAUUCUUAACAAAUUAGAUGCCAACCAAAGAGGACCUGCUCAUUGGGCCGCUGAUUUUAACCAAGUUGAAGUGUUGACCUAUCUUAUUUCUAAAAAGGUCAACGUAGAUCAAAAAGACAAAUAUGGAAUUACACCACUCCUUGCUGCCGUUUACGAAGGGCACGUAGAGUCUGUUGCUCUGCUCGUCAAAUCUGGUGCCUCUGUAAAGACGGAAGGUCCAGAUGGAAGAACUGCUGUUGAAGCUGCUGAAAGUGAGCCAAUUAAAAAGGCUCUCUCUGGAAAAUGA